CACACCGGUACCUCCUUCGCGUCCAGCUUCCGCGGAUCUGAGGGCCACCGGAGAGACACCUGCGCAAGAACCUCAACCUCUCUCCGGGGAGCGGGCCGCGUCCUGAGGCCGGGCAGCCCCGGGGCAGCCACUGGACAGCCGCUCCCAAGAGGACGAGCGCCGCGACUCCUGGGCACCUGGCGGAGUCCGCGGGACAGCGCUCCGAGGUAGUUGAUCCUCUCCGGGUAGCCUUCGGCGUCCGGUGGCCAGCCGGGCACAGUCCACGUGACUCAGGGGGGCAACAGGCAGGAGCAUGGCUGCCACCAGACCGCUGUCCCGCUUCUGGGAGUGGGGGAAGAACAUCGUGUGCGUGGGCAGGAACUACGCAGACCACGUCAGGGAGAUGCAGAGCGCCGCACUGAGCGAGCCUGUGCUCUUCCUGAAGCCGUCCACCGCCUACGCCCCCGAGGGCUCGCCGGUCCUCGUGCCCGCCUACACCCGCAACCUGCACCACGAGCUCGAGCUGGCCGUGGUGAUGGGCAAGCGCUGCUGCGCCGUCCCGGAGGCCGCAGCCAUGGACUACGUGGCUGGCUAUGCCCUGUGCCUGGACAUGACCGCCAGGGACGUGCAGGACGAGUGCAAGAAAAAGGGGCUGCCCUGGACUCUGGCCAAGAGCUUCACGGCCUCCUGCCCAGUCAGCGCGUUCGUGCCCAAAGGGAAGAUCCCUGACCCUCACAACCUGAAGCUCUGGCUCAAGGUCAAUGGCGAACUCAGGCAGGAGGGUGAGACAUCCUCCAUGAUUUUUUCCAUCCCCUACAUCAUCAGCUACGUUUCAAAGAUCAUGACCCUGUUGGAAGGAGAUAUCAUCUUGACUGGGACGCCAAAGGGAGUGGGACCCGUUAAAGAAAACGAUGAGAUCCAGGCUGGCAUACACGGGGUCGUCAGUAUGAGAUUUAAGGUGGAAAAGCCAGAAUAUUGAGUGUAUACAAAGCACCCUAACUUCUUAACAGGUUUCAGGGGGACGGGGAACAAGACAAAAGCAAGAAAAGGUUAUUUAAUAUGUGAUAAUCCUUUAAUGAGAAACCAAUUUUUAAAAAUGAUUGGAUUGCUAUGCCUCAACUCAAGGAAGAUGGACCGUCAGAGAAAAACUUGAUCUAGAAGAGCUGGGCCAGAAAUGGAAAUGAGAAGCAGUGCCUCCUAGGAAACAACAAGCCAAAUGUUCAGAAAACUUACUUUCCUUUCCUAAAACUGGACUGGAUAAGACUUCAGUGGAUCAUUCUGGGACCACGUGUUCAAGACUUAAAAUCUGCAAAGGAAAUGGAAAAGCACGUUUCAUCAGUGUUUCCCAAAGUUCCUUGAUCAUGAAAAUCAUCUGGAGGUAUUUGUAAAAGUAAAAAUUUCCAAAUUACUGGGCCAUCCCAGGCCUAAUGUAUUAAUUAAUGGAAUCAAUCUCUGGCACUCCAGGUGAUUCUUAUCAUGCAAAUGUGGAAAAACACUACUCCACAUAGUUAAUUAAAAGUUUUAUUUAAUUGAGCAAUUAAUGAAAACCUCACUUGUUUACUUAGGGUGUGUAUCCUGGCCCAUAGAUUCUGAGUUCGGGAGAUAAUUUUGAAACUGUUGUUUCCCAAAUAAAUAUGCUGUCUUU